CUGCCUCUAAAUAUCAAAUGCUCUCCCACUUCCUCAAUCAUUUUCUUUCUUCACUUGUAAUCUUGUUUUCCCAUUCAAACUUUGCUCCCAGAGUCGAGCUUUUCCUUUAUUUAUAUUGCUUGGGGAAGGAGAAAUGGAGGAGUCUAACAAUUAUGGCCACCAACAUCCCCUGCUUCUUAUCUUGAAUCACGACCAUUGCUCCAGGUUUCCCCUAAACCCAGGUUACGACCGACUGGGUAAUGGAUAUAUAUAGCUAGCCAAGUGGGUUGUGGUAAGCAAGCACAACAUUGAAACACAUCCAAAGAGCAAAUUACUAGCUUGAUAGAGAUGCCUUAUUCAGAAAUGAUAGCAAAAAUGAGGUUGGCAUUGCCCAACUUUAUCGUCCUCCAGCCCGUCGACAAGAUUGAUUACUUAGGCUAUAUUCAUGAAGGUGGAGACCAUGAUGGGUAUCUCAGGUUCAUGGAACCUCAAGCUGCGAGCCCAUAUGCAAAGUUCGAAAUUGAGUUUUCUGCCUCAAAUGACUUUGUGCAUAUAAGAAGUUGUCAAAACAACAAAUAUUGGGAACGAAAGCAAAUUCUUUCUAUCUCUGGGGGCUAUUGGGUUACAGCAACCGCCGACAAGAAGGAGGACGAUCAAUCCAAGGAGUCAUGCACAUUGUUCAAAGUUACCUCUGUAGACCAUGCCAUGAAUACGGUCCGCAUCAUGCAUGUCCAAUCAGGCUGCUAUUUAUGUUGUUGGCGAUGGGAUAGUGAAAAAUAUACUCGCGGCAUGUAUUCAUUCUACACGACGCAUGAUCAAAAUGGCUUUGAUAUCUUCAAAUUUAUCGAUUGGAACUCGUUAUUGAUUCUACCUAGGUUCGUAGCCUUCAAAGGAUAUAAUAAUAAGUAUCUGUGUCUUCGUCGUGUUGAAUGGGACCUCCCGUAUAUGCAAUUCUCAAGUGAUGACAUUGGUGAUUCAACUGUGGCAUUGGAGAUUUUUCCUACUGAUGAUGGUUACGUCCGCAUCAAACCUGUCUGCACUGACAAGUUCUGGAGGCGUAGUCCAAAUUGGAUCUGGGCGGAUUCUAACGACAGUAGUAGCAAGAACACGGACACCGUGUUUCGCCCCGUCAGAUCUGACAAUAAGACCAUAGGUCUUAUCAACUUAGGCAACAAUGCUUUUUGCAAGAGCCUUACAACUGAAGGAAAAUCGGAUUGCCUUAAUGCAGCGACCUAUUCUCUUACAAAAGAAGCUCGACUAAUAGUGGAAGAGCCUGUUUUGUCAAGGGAAAUUUAUGGUGUCAAAUAUCAUCUUGGUAACUCCAGGGUUUACGGUGAAAUAGUCCUCAUUGUAGCCAAGAAUUCAGCUUCUAACUUUUCCAAUGAACCCGCCACUUUGGAUGUGAAGCUUUCAUAUACUGAUAUCAAGACUACUAAUUGGAAGAAUUCAUUUUCACUGAAACUAGGUACGAAAGCCACAAUGGAUUUCAAUAUUCCACUCAUUUUUGAGGGGAAGGUUGAAUUAUCGGGUGAAGUUCAAACAGGAAUCGACUGGGGAGAGACCAAUACAACGACCACUGUUGUGGACGUUGUGUACAAAGUUACUGUGCCUCCAAGGACUAAGGUGAUCGUUUGCAUAAUCGCGACAAAAGGUAUGUGUGAUGUUCCCUUCACAUACAUGCAGAGGGACACUCUUUAUGAUGGGACCAGUGUCACAAAUGAAAUUCAAGGUGGCACUUACACGGGUUCUAAUUACUACAGCACCAACUUUGAGGCCAAAGAAGAGGCGCUGGAGUGAGGCAGAGCCAUAUAUGCAAAAUUCCACGGGGUCAUAUGCUGAGAUUUACGGUGAAAGAUUGUGUGUGUGCGCGCAUAAAAUAAAUUCAUGUUUCCUUCAUGGAAGCAUGCAUGUCGCUUCUUACUAUAUCUAUAUGUCGUUUGGUGUGUCAAUGCGUGUUGCAUAAAAUAAAAUCAUGUUUCCAUCAUGGAAGCAUGCAUGUUGUUUUCUUACAAUAUGUACUACCUGCAUAGCUCUGUGGCAUUAUAUUUCUCACAGGCAGAAAUAAUAUAUGAUGUUUUUAUGUUUUUUGGGAU